AUGCCGCCUCCACCACUCAAUCUGAACCUCAACCUCCAACCCCCUCCUUCCGACUCCCCUCUCAACAACAACAACCUCAACACCGAUACCAACACCGACACCAGCAUCCUCCCUUUAAUAAAACCCCGCGCCGAUUCCUCCGAAACAGCAAACCACAUCACCCACAACGCCAUCUCCAUCCCCUCCACCUACGGCCGCACCUCCAACCCGCCCAACCCAGGCGUAAUCGUCGGCGCAACCCUCGGCGCUGUCGCCGGCUUCCUCCUCCUGCUCUACCUGCUCUAUCUCGGCCUCACAUCCGGGCGGCGCUUCAGCGCAUCCACAAUCGGCGCUACAUCGACAACGCCGUCUGAGAUUGUAGACGUGGGGUUCCGAAACCGCGGCGCGCGCUCUGGAUACGGGGGACCUGGCGGCCGACGGCGCAGGGAGGACGAGGUUAUUGUUGAGGAGAGUUUGACGAGUCGCUCGAGGACGGAUGGGGGCGGGGUUGUGGAGGUUGAGGAGGAGGAGAGCGUGAUUGAUCCGCCGCCGAGUUCGAGAUAUCGGUCUAGGAGUCGGAGUAGUAGGAGUUCGUCGCGGACGAGGAGUGAUCGGUAUCGAAGGCAUCGAGGGGGUGGAGGGGUGAGGGGGGUGGAUCCGAUGGCUUAUGGGGGAGGGAGCGAGUUUAGUGAACGGUCUUGA